UUGCUUGAGAGUCAAUGUGUUGGUGGCAUGGCGGUGUUGGACUAGCCGGCGGACGUCGGGCUCUCGUCAGCUCCCGAAUUCUGAUAGACUGACGCUGUUGAGCUUGUUCUGCCUGGGGGCGCUGGGAGCGCUGGCGGCGGCCUACGACAUUCCGGAGCUGAACUACCACGAGCGUGUGGGCAUCCCGCGCGCCCACGCCCUCAGGCAGGCCGAGCUCGCGGCAGACUUCGACGGCAGCAGGAUAGUCGGCGGGUCACCGGCCGCGCUCGGCGCCUACCCUUACAUGGCUGGUCAGAUAAUGAUGCGUAUGGACGGGCGCGAGUCCGUCGGCGGCGGUACUCUGAUCAGUAACACGCGGGUGUUGACCGCGGCGCACAACUUGUUCGACGGGCGGGAGAUGGUGCGCCACGUGACCGUCGUGCUGGGCUCCGUGCGCAUCUUUUCAGGCGGCACCAGAAUCACCUCCAACAGGAUGGAGAUCCACAGCGACUACGACACACAAACCGUCAACAAUGACAUCGCCAUUAUCACAAUCAACUGGGUCAAUUAUAGCAAUACGAUCCGCAAUAUCGGGCUGGCGUCAGGCAGCAACAUGUACGCGGGCACUUGGGCCUGGGCCAUCGGCUUCGGCAAGACCAGCGACGAUUCUUUAGCAAGCCCCGACCUGAUGCAGGGCCGGCUGCAAGUGAUCACCAACGAGGAGUGCCGGCAGGUGUACGGCCCAGCCAUCGUGGUCGCCUCCUCUCUCUGUGUCAGCGGUGCGCACGGCACUAAUGUCUGCAUAGGUGACUCCGGUGGCCCGCUCGUCGCUGACGGUCUUCUGAUUGGAGUGACGUCGUUCUCGUCUGCGGCAGGGUGCGAGGCCCCGAGGCCGGCCGGCUUCGCUAGAGUCAGCGCUUUCAAUUCGUGGAUCAGAUCCCGAAUGUAAUGCCCUCCGAAGUGAAAUCAUGUGAUUGUAACUGAAAAAUAAAUAAAUGGAAUGACGAUCUUUUAUUUUGGCGCUCGAUUUUAUAAAUUAAAGGAAGCACAAAUGCUAUAAAAAUAAAAAAAUGAGAAUAUGACAGGA